UGGGACCUGUGGUUGCAUUGGGCUCUCCUUCCGCUGAGGGUGCUGCCUGAAGACCGUUCCGUGGGCGACGCCGUCGCUAUGACCAUUUGUCAAUUCUUCCUUCAAGGCCGGUGCCGCUUUGGAGACCGGUGCUGGAACGAACAUCCCGGCGCCGGGGGUGCGGGCGGGGGACGGCAGCAACAACCCUCAGGUAGUAACAGACGUGGAUGGAAUCCCUCCAGCCAGAGGUACUCGAGUGUUAUCCAGCCAUCCAGCUUCUCCAAAUCCACACCAUGGGGGGGCAGCAGAGAUCAAGAAAAGCCAUCUUUCAGUUCUUUGGAUUCUGGAGCUUCAAAUAGCAGGAACAGGGAGUUUGGACUAUCCCAGAAUCCAUUUGCUUCACCCAGCUCUGAUGAGCAGAAAGAUGAAAAGAAACUUCUAGAAGGAAUUAUAAAAGAUAUGGAAGUUUGGGAAUCAUCAGGGCAGUGGAUGUUUUCUGUUUAUUCGCCAGUGAAAAAGAAGCCUAAUAUUUCAGGUUUUACAGACAUUUCACCAGAGGAAUUGAGGCUUGAAUACCAUAACUACUUAACCAGCAAUAAUUUACAGAGUUAUCUAAAUUCCCUCCAACAGUUAAUAAAUCAGUGGAGAAACAGAGUAAAUGAACUGAAAAAUCUAAAUACAUCGGCUAACAUAGCUUCGCUCUCAGAUGUAAAGGGUGGAGUGAAUCAAGCAGCAGCUACAUUUGGAUUUGGCAGUAUGCAAGGAAUAACAUUUGGGCCACCAGGUUUUCCAGUGCAUAACAGCAGCAGUGCUAAUGCUCAGAAUUUUAGUUUUAAACCAAGCUCUGGAUUUGCCUCUGCCGCUUCUGGAAGUCCUUCUGUGUUUGGGAAUACUCCAGCGUUUGGAGCCGCACCCCCUGCCAGUUCUGUCAUCACUACUUCCACUCCAACAUUUGGAUUUGGGAAACCUGCAAUCACAUCUGCUGCUUCAUUUUCUUUUAAAAGUCCUGCAGCUUCCGGUUUUGGAUCACCUGGAUUUUCAGGAUUUCCAGCUCCCAUGGCAGCAGGCUCUGUUGGAGCCCCAGCCUUUGGAAGUGGCAAUUCUGUGGCUGGUUUUGGUAAUCUAGGCUCACAUUCUCACAGUGCUUUUUCCAAGUCAUCCAGUGACACCUUUGGAAAUAGCAGCAUAUCCACCUCUUUACCAGUCUCAAAUGGCAGCAUCACAACAGAUAAUGUGUUAUUCACACCCAAGGAUCAACUAACAGCAGAAGAACUGGAGCAGUUUCAAUCCAAGAAAUUUACUCUGGGAAAAAUUCCAUUAAAGCCACCACCUGUGGAACUUCUAAAUAUUUGAAAGGACAAUUUUAAAUACAGAAAAGAACAGCUCUUAAAGUUAUUUUGAGUGGUUCAUAUAUAAUUUCUCUGAGUGGUUCAAAUAUAUACAUAUAUAUGUACAUAUAUACGUUUAAGGAAUAUAAGCUUUCAAUAGUAACUUCAGGGGUUUUGAAAUUCAAUAUUUUUUUCAUAAAAAAUACUCAAGAGGUUUUUUUUUUUUUACUUUAAUUAUGAAUGGAACUGGAAAAACUGUCAGUGUGCACUGAAUUCUACAUCACUUUACUGUCAUACCCUUUAAAGGUUUACCUGUAAACAUUUUUUUUUUAGGAAGGAGAUCUUUCCUAAAGCCAUUAGGGGAAAAAAUGCUUAAAUAUGUAGCUUAUUUACCAAAUAAACAUCAGUAACAUCACUUUC